UUUCACAGAGAUUUGGUUGCUCAGCUAGGUUGGCUUGGCAUGUCUGGACGUGGGAAGCAAGGAGGCAAGACCCGGGCCAAGGCCAAGACGCGCUCGUCGCGGGCCGGCCUGCAGUUCCCGGUGGGCCGCGUCCACCGCCUGCUCCGCAAGGGCAACUACGCCGAGCGGGUCGGGGCCGGCGCGCCCGUGUACCUGGCGGCCGUGCUCGAGUACCUGACGGCCGAGAUCCUGGAGCUGGCGGGCAACGCGGCGCGCGACAACAAGAAGACGCGUAUCAUCCCGCGCCACCUGCAGCUGGCCAUCCGCAACGACGAGGAGCUCAACAAGCUGCUGGGCCGCGUGACCAUCGCGCAGGGCGGCGUCCUGCCCAACAUCCAGGCCGUGCUGCUGCCCAAGAAGACCGAGAGCCACCACAAGGCCAAGGGCAAGUAAAGUCUAGCACAAACAGCACGUAUCUUCCACUUAACUACAGCAAAUUAAAGGCUCUUUUCAGAGCCAUCCAUAUUUUCACAAGAAAGGCUGGUAACGAGUUUAUACUACCUUGGUAGAAUCAACCCUGAAUACAUUCGUAAAAGGUAAGGUUAAAACCUUGAGAGCCAAGGAAAGCGGCCGUGUACCCUGAACUUAGUGCAUACCAGACGUAACUUCGCUAUGAGAAAGUAAAGGGACUGAAGUGUACAAGCAGGAAGAAAAUUUGCUUUUGGCCAAUGCCCCCCGUGCUUUUCAAGUUUCCAGUUUAAGGAAAAGCCAUUUUACCCAAGAAAAGUCGGCGAUCAUUUGUUGCGGGCCACUGUUGUAUCUAGCGUUAUCAGAGCCGGUGCUUUACGUGUGAUACUCCAAAUCCACCCAGGGACGCCGCCAUGUGGUUUCAUACGAGAAAACUCGGUAUUAGGGGAGCUAUAAUGACCAGACCUAGAAAGUGGCAGUCCAGGCGACCCGAGAUUUACUUCAAAAUAACUAACCCAACCAUCUAGAGGCGAAGGUAACAAGAUAAAAUUGUACUCGAUGAAAAGUGCAGACCAGCAGGAUUGAUAACCUGCGAGCCUGUAAAGAAUUUGGGGAAUUUCAGGUCCCACUUAGAUUUACAGAGCCACACAAAUUACAUAAACGUGCUUCUUAAAUGGCUGGUUACCUAAACUGUACUUAGUGAAAGCGUAAAAGAAUCUUUGAACAUUAUUUCAUACUGAGAAAGGGAGAGAGGGGGAGUAAUUCAUCCAAUCAGAUCCUCCAGUAAUUAAGCAAUGUGGUUACCGUUC